AUGAUUUUAUUCAGCAUAUCAAUUGAAAUUGGUGAACUAGUAUCAUAUUUAAAAUUAUUAUCAAAUACCAAUAGUUUACUCGGAGUUGUUUUCCAUUUAAUUAGCCUAAUUGGUAUUUGGGGUGAUGAUCAUGAUCGUUGUCAAAGAUUGGCAAUAAGUUGUUGUACAUUACCAGCACGUAUAUUCUUAUAUGGUUUAUUAUUUGAAACACAAAUAUUAUUUUUAUUUCUUGAUUACCAAUCAUCAUUUCGUGAUACUUCCUAUGAGAUUUUAAUUAUUUUAAAUACAUUCUUUGGUUUAUCUGCAAUAGAUAAAGCUGCUAAAUAUUGUUGUGCUCUUGGUCAAGAAGAAAAUGAAGGCGAAAACACUGUCUAUUCAGUAUGGGAAACAUUUUUAUCAUUACUCAACGUCAUAGAAGUCCCUAUUCUUUUAAUAACUGCAAUUGUAUACGCUAGUCAAUCACUUCAAAAUAAGGAACAAUUAAAAAACAUAUGA